UCUGCCUGGCACCACUCACUGGCUGCCACACAGACGACAAUUCUAGCGUUUGAGUCUAACGAGAAGGGCAAGAAGUUUAGUGCUACCCUUCCCUGGUUUGUUAGGGUGCGCAUAGCAUCGACUCCACACGGACUCAAUUUUGAAAGUGUUUUCAGAGAUUUAAGAUGAAUCUGAACUAUACAUCCCCCAUGCCUCAGAUGCCAGCCCAGAGGUCAACGUCGUUCUUCAUCGAAGAUAUUUUAUUACACAAACCCAAGCCUCUGAGAGAGGUCUUCCACUCGCCGUUCUCAAGCUCUCUGGCGUCCCGAAUGCCUCUCCUAGAAUAUGGAUACCCACUGAUGCCCACUCCGAUACUAGCGCAUCACCCGCACCAUCCUCUACAAAAACUGGACCAUCACCAGUAUUUCUUUACGUCUGGGAUGCAAAUGCCGGCUUUAUUUCAGCAUCAUCCAGAGUUACCCGGCAAGCAUUGCAGACGCAGGAAGGCGAGAACGGUUUUCUCGGAUUCUCAACUAUCUGGUCUUGAAAAGAGAUUUGAGAUACAACGGUACCUAUCCACGCCAGAACGAGUGGAGUUGGCAACAGCGUUAAGUCUCUCGGAAACCCAGGUGAAAACAUGGUUUCAAAACAGAAGGAUGAAGCAUAAAAAGCAACUGAGGAAAACACAAGAUGACCAGAAAAAUCCGAAUGAUUUAGAUAGAUCCAUGGAUAACGCAAGUGAGAGUGAACUCAACGAAAAAAAUACAGAUGAUGUUAACAGUGGAAUCGAGCCGAACUCGUACAUUUUGGAAAAUGAGGACGAUGUUGAUAUCGAGGAUGACAUUUGCUCGCCAGAACCUUCACUAUAGAGCAAGUGGCAAGUUGUUUUAAAAACAAAUAACCAUGACCCAUUGUAAAUGUAAAUAUUGAAUUGUGUCUUUUCCAUAUGAAAUUAUAUAUAGCUUUUUUUAAACAAAUCAUUGAUAAUAAUGCAAAGUAGUAUUUAUUCAAGGGUAUGCGUAAUAUGUCACUACACAUUCAUUUUAGGCUCUGUCUAUAUUUAUGUUUUCCGUGACUGUAAAAUGCAUAAUAUCAAACAACUGUACAUACAAAAUAUAAUCUGAAGCAAUGUUCAUUAUUAGGACGUUAUUAAUAAUAUUAUUAUUAGUAUGACUAUUAUCUUUGAAUCAAAAGUCAAACAAAAACCAGACAUCUUAAUUUAAAGAUUUUUUUUAUUGUUUAAAGCCACAAGUUGAAUAUUUUGCAAGAAAAUCUUUGAGAAACAUUUAUAUAUAACUACUUUGAUAAACAGAAUCAACAUCUCAAUUGCA